UUUUUCCUUGUAGCGAUGGUUGUAUCUCCAGUGAUCCUCGCCGCCGUGCUGGCCGCCGCUGCCGCCGCCCCCGAGCCACGGCCCGCCCCCGGCUUCCUGGCCGCGCCUGCUGUUGCCGCCGCCCCCGUGGCUUACGCCGCCCCCGCCGUGGCCGCCCCCGCCGUUGCCUACGCCGCGCCGGCCCUGCACGCCCCCUUGGCUUACGCAGCAGCGCCGGCCAUCGUCAAGACACACCUCAUCUGAGCGUAUGUCACAGUGUUGUCGCUGUAUGAAACGAAAACUGAAUAAACUGAAACGCUUCUAGAAAUAAA